AUUACGAAAGGAUCACUAUUUCAGAUAAGAAUGCAGCCCGGGGUAGUUGCUAUUGGGCUGAUUGCUGCAGUUGCAGUUGUAUUGCAGUACGCUCUUCAUAAGGUUGAGGAGGGUCAUGUCGGAGUAUAUUUCAGAGGUGGCGCGAUGUUGGUUGGUAUGUCAAGUCCAGGCUUUCACAUGAUGAUCCCAUUCAUAACAUCAGUUCGAAAUAUCCAGACUACCCUGCAGACCGAUGAAGUAAAGAAUGUGCCGUGUGGUACCAGUGGUGGAGUUAUGAUAUACUUUGACAGAAUUGAGGUAGUGAACGUACUGCAGACCAAUGCUGUUUACGAUAUUGUAAAGAAUUUUACAGCGGACUACGAUAAACCUCUGAUAUUUGACAAGGUUCACCACGAGUUAAACCAGUUCUGUUCUAUACAUAAUCUACAGGAGGUUUAUAUCGAACUGUUUGACCAAAUUGACGAAAAUCUAAAGACAGCGUUGCAGGUCGAUUUGACUGAAAUGGCCCCAGGGUUAAGAGUUCAUUCUGUUCGUGUUACCAAGCCUAAAAUUCCAGAAACCAUCAGGAAGAACUAUGAGUUGAUGGAAGCAGAGAAGACCAAACUGUUGAUCUCGACCCAGCGGCAGAAGGUUGUGGAGAAGGAUGCAGAGACGGAGAGGAAGAAAGCUGUUAUAGAGGCAGAGAAGGAGGCGCAGGUGGCAAAGAUCAAGUACGAACAGAACCUAAUGGAGAAGGAAUCUAAGCAGAAGAUGGAAACUAUUGAUGAUGAGAUUCAUCUUGCAAAGGAGAAAAGUAAAACAGACGCCGAGUUCUAUAGGAUAGAAAAGAAAGCAGAAGCAAAUAAACGUCUGCUUACGAAGGAAUAUCUUGAACUCAAGAAAAUCGAAGCAAUUGCCAGUAAUAACAAGGUUUACUUUGGACCCAGUAUUCCAAAUAUGUUCCUGGGAGAGUCUGAGAAUAAACCCAGGCCAUCAUCUACUGUAUCCUCUCAGAAAACAGAACACAUCCCAGUCCCUCUUUAGUCAUAGAUAGAUACACACACACUUAUUGUUAAUACAGGGUGUCCCAAUAAAGAUUAAUUAAGACAGGGAUGUAAAAAUGCAGGAUUAAAGAACCCCUCUAGAAUUAUUAAUAGUAGCUUGGGACCCAAAUUGGAGAUAUGCAAAUUGCAUAUCUAUAAGGCAUCAGAACCCCUGAUCAGUCAUCACCCUUCUUUUUUGGACACCCUGGAUGUUAGUUGACUUUUUUUAAUUUCCUCAUUCCUUCACUUUUCGCUUGACCCAGAAAUAAGUUUAGCUUUAAACUUCAAAGAAAAGGCGCGCUUUUCUUAAAUUAGCUUUUUUUAAAGUUGUUUAUUUUUCAUUCUCCACAAUACUCACAUUUUAAUAAAAAAAAGUUUCAACGAUUUUUUACCAUUUCAACACUUAAACAUAAAGAUGGGUAAGCAAAUAAACACCUAACCCUGAAAAAAAUAUUUUUCAUGUCUGAUUUUUUUUCCGAUUACUUAUUUAAUGAUAUCUCGAUGAAAGUCUGAAAUUGCCAUGUUUUGAAAGUAUGUGAUACGUGGAUUUUUGUGAUUUAUUACUGUGAUUAUUAUCAUUUAACGAGCUCAUAAUAAACCUUAAUUUGUUUC